CGAGUCCUUUGUGCGCUCGAUGAGCGUGCACACGCGCGAGCGGUUCAGCGAGGGCAAGUCGGGCGCCUUCCUCUACUUUACCGGCGACCAGCGCUUCAUCCUCAAGACAUGUACGCAGGCCGAGCAGCAGUACUUGCUGCAGAUUCUACCGCAGUACAUUCGCCACCUGACGUCCUUUCCCAACUCGUUCCUCUCGCGAUACGUGGGUUGCUACGACCUGAUCGUGUACGACCAGACGGUCCGCUUCAUUGUGCUCGCCAACGUCAUGCAAAAUCCAUCUGUGGACGUCGACGAGUUCUUCGAUCUCAAGGGUAGCUACGUCGGCCGGUAUGAUGACCCGAUGGCCCAAGGCGUCCGGAAGGUCUGCAAGUACUGCGGCAUGGAGUUUGUGGUCGGCAUGACGCAAGAGCUCUGCAAGAUGAACCCGUUUCCGAACCAAGGCCACACGCAAGAAAUUUGUGGCAAGGACCUCAACUGGGCGUCGCGCCAGAUCUCGCUCGACAAUGAACUCGCCGACAAGAUUGCGACGCAGCUCAACACGGACAGCGAGUUUCUGCGCUCGAUCAACUCGAUCGACUACUCGCUCAUGGUGGGCUUGCACACGGUGGGGCUGCCGCGGCCCCCGCGGCCGGUGGUGUCGGCCACUCCGUACAGCAGCGCGAGUACGCCGCCGCAGAACGACAACGCGACGCCGAGCUAUUUGUUUCACGACGAGGACGAGUCCCGCGACGGUGUCCACCAGCCCAUCUACCUCAAGGACCACAGUGAGUACGAAGCCAUGGCGUCACCGGACUCUUCGUGCGUCAGCAAUGUCACCGAGGUGGUGCUGCUGCAGGACACCACCAAGCAUCCUGGCAACAAGAAUAUGUUUGGGAAGGGCACGAGCCUCGACAAGAUUUCAAGCUCGCCGACGCCGCAGCUGUACCAGCACCGCGCCGAAGACUGCGUCGUGUACCUCGGCAUCAUUGACAUUCUGACGCCGUGGAGCAUUCGCAAGCAGCUCGAGCACUGGUUCCGCGUCUACUUGCAGUGCAAGGACCGCCAAGGCAUCUCGUGCGUCGACCCGAAGCAGUACGCCAACCGGUUCCGCGAGCACGUCGUCGCCGUUGUUAUCCAGGGCAAGAAGCCGCCACCGCAUCUCGAGGAGAAGCACAAGCAGCUCGAGAAGAAGCAUUCGCAGCUGCCGUUGAGUCAACGCGAGUCGCUGAGCUCGGCGGUCCAGCAACCGAUGAUGAGCUUCCAGACGCCGCCACCGGCGCGGGCGCCGACGAUGGUGGCCUCCGAUUUCACCGGAUCGCACCUCGUGCUCGACCACCUGCCGUCGUCGCGCUACUCGGGGUCGUCCUCGGUCGCCGCCGCGGUCGGCCCGACCUCGUUUGGCCAGCCCUACGGCAUGUACUCGAUGAGCUCGUUCCGGAGUGCGCAGCAGCAACAACAGUAUGCAUGA